GCUGCUACAAAAGAAAUAAGUCGUCUGCUUUAUUUUUGACAGUUCUAUACAUCUUCACUGUAACUUUUGCAGUAAUAUGCGUAAGAAAUGUCAUAAAUUGUUAUAAAAAAAAAAAAAAUAGAUUGACCUUUGAACCCAUGCAGAUAACAGCUGUAAGAAGUAAAUAGGUCGUUUCAUGUUGCAGCUGUAAUUUUUUUUUCAACAACAAAAUUGUGCAAUUUCAUUCUGUAAAUUGCAUGUGUGUUAAAAAUGAAUCAACAACGACCAAAUAUCAUUAAUUCAAAUAAUUUAAGAAAUUCCACAUCCAUUUUAGCAAGUGGUUCCGGUCCACAAAUUGUUGGAUCAAGUGUUCCAAAUACAAUUCCACCGCCUUUACCUCCCCGCAGGACAGUUUCGUCGUAUCAAAAUUAUAAUAAUUAUCCAGGAUUAGGAAAUUAUUAUGGAGAUUAUGGAAUGGGAAGCAGUUUAAAUUAUAGAGGUUAUGGUGGUUUUGGAUCCUACGGUGGAAGAUAUGGAUGUUAUGGCUAUUCUCCAUACGGCAAUGGACAGUUUGGUGGACCCAGUGGUGAUGUUGAGAAUAGAUUUGUACAAUACGCAGAAGAAAGCACAAGGCCAGCUUUUCAAUCAAUAGAGACUAUGGUUCAUACAUUUUCAUCCGUCACAAUGAUGUUAGAAUCGACAUUUUAUGCGAUGACUAGUUCAUUCAGAGCAAUUUUAAGUGUUGCUGAAAAUAUGGGUAGAUUACGAUUAAUGUUUGGACAAUUUUUAAAUAAUUUCGCAUUAGUGAGGAUUUUGAAGUGGUUAUAUUGGAAAGCACGAUAUUUGCUUGGUUUGAGGGGCCAUGACCCCAGGAAUGAAUCAGCAUGGCAACAAACUGUAUCUGAAGUAAUGAGUGAGACUGUUUCUCAAAAUAGUCCUUCUACAUGGCCAAUCUUGAUGUUCCUAAGUUUACUAGUCGCAGCUCCAUAUAUGGUUCACAAAUUAGUCAAUAAUGUUAAGACUAUAAGCACUGAAGAAAACAAUCCAAAAGAAUGGGUAAAAUAUAAUGAACCCAUCUAUAUAGCAACAACUUUGUAUGAUUUUGUUGCUGCAUCUAAUGAUGAAUUAAGUUUUAAGACUGGACAAAAACUCUGGCUUGCUCCACAAUCUUUACAUCCAAAAACAUUACCAGGAUGGUGGAAAGCAACUGACAGUAUCAAUGUUGGUUUAAUUCCAUCAUCUUAUGUAACAAUUGUCGGACAAUUGAAGAAGAAAACUGAAACAAAUCCAAUUGUAAAUCAUACAAUUUCUGAAAAAGAAAAUACCACAAAAAUUACUUCCAAAGAGGAUAAUUUAAAUAAUUUUAAAUACAAUCUUGAAGAAGCAUAUAAUUUAAAAACUGAACGAUCUAAUACUAAAGAAAAUCAAGAUACAAAUGAAGAAAUUUUUUAACAAUAAAUUAAAUGUCAAAAAUUUUUUGUAAAUAUACUAUCGUUUAGAGUACUAAAGAAAGAAUAAGGUCAACAAAAGCUUUAAAGAAAAAAAAAAAAAAAACGACUGACGGUCUGUGAAAUUGAUUUAAUUUAUGUAUUUUAUUAUUAAUUACCAUAAUGUUUUGGAUUAAAACAAAAUUAAAGAGAAUCUUUAAUCGAAACUGUAAGAAAAUACCAAACUUUUGUACUAUAAUUCUUUGGUAGCUAGAUAUAAUAUUGACUGAAGAAAUGUUUUUAAAUGAUUAAAAAAAAAAACAUAUUUCAGAUCUUUUUUAGGCACGUGUCAACUUGUUUAAAAUUUAUAUUCAAUACAUUCCUACGAAUUACAACUAAUCGUAAUAUUAAUUUUUAUUUCUUAAAAUAAGGUUCAACUUUAUUUAAUUAGAAUUAAAAAUUUACUCAACACGUGCCACUUUUUUUUUUAAAUAGGUAAAACCGAUUUGUACCUUUUUGUAAAAAAACAAAUAUAUGUAUAAAUUCAUUAAUAUAAGAAAUAUAAAAUAAAAAAAAAAAAUUACAACUAAUGUCGAAAGUAACCUUAAGUUGGUUUUAUUUAUAGGAAAAAUCAUAUAUAUACAUAACUAUUAACGAUGAGUAACUUUAUUUUAAUUUUUUUUUUCUCUUCAAUCGUAAGGUAUGAAUAAAGAUAAUGCAACUUGAUCCAAAAAUAAAGCUCAACUUUAUUUACUAUACACAAUAUCAAUAUUGACUUAAUUUGUGAUUUGAAUAUAAGUAAAUAAAGUUCAACUUAAUUCAAGGUGAAUUUUUACGCGAUCUACUAUUUUAUCAACUUUAAUCAGC